AUGAAGACGCUAGUUGUGCUUACUGUGCUGGCGUCAAUCGCUGUGGCAGCUCCACCUUUCUGGGCAAACGAAUUCAAGAAUACGCAUCAUGGAAACUGGCCGGAAUAUACCAGGAGAGAUAAGAAGUCCCCACAAGGAUACUUCUUUGCUGAAUCAGCACCAUUUACGCACGUCGGUGUACCUCCAGCUCACAUCGAGGGCGAGCUUGAAAGUUCUGCGGCUACUGGAAGAAGUUUUGGUCUGAAGAAAACAUUAUUAAAGCCGACCAUUAUCAAGAGGCCUAGCGGUUAUCAUUACUACCGAGACUCGGCUGAAGCACGCGCUCAAGAAGAUCCUUCUGAAGAUUGUUCUAAGCAGUUUAAGGUCAAAGUUUGUAAUGGAGAAAAAACAGCCCGUUCAAUUAAAGAGGAAACUCACGAAGAUAACAUGGAGAGUAGCUUAAAAAUGGCAAAAGAAGCAAUUGAACAUUUGCAAAGAGACCUUAAAAACAAAGAACUAAGUCCUAAAUCUGCUUCAUGGAACGAACGCGAUGUUCAUGAGGAAAUUGAAGUUGCCAGAAAAGCCAUCGAUCAAGUUCACAAAAAUUUCGGAAAUUUGGAAUCAAUGAGUUUGCAUUCAAAUUUGCAUGAUGAAACUCUAAUUCAUUCAACUGAUGGUAGCGGCAAAACUCAUGAAGAACGAGCAUCACAAUGGAAAGAGCAUGCAAAAUCGUUCCAGAGCCAUAUUGAAGGUGCUAGAAAUAUGGAAGAUAUAAUGAAAUCAGCUAGUCACCAUGAAAGUUCCUUACAUUUUGAAAAUAUAGACACAACUAAACUUAUGAAGAAUAGUAACCAGAACGAACAUUUACUUCAUGAAGCACCAUUGAAACUGAUGGCUAAAGAAAUGAAGGAAACUCACGAGCGUCAUGCCCAUUCCGAAACGAAAACCCAAUCUGAUAUGAAAGUAACAGGAACUAAGAUGGAAGAGUCGAAGAUGGAGCAGAGUCAGCAUUUCGCAAAAGAGAAAUCUGCUGAAGUUAAUAUGGACUUACAAAAGGGAAUGUCAGAAAUGAAGAAUUUUGAGCUAGAAAAAUUGAAAGCAAAAGCCUCAGAUUUGACUAAUGAUAAAAUGCAACCCAUUAAAGAAGCCGACCAGCAUGAAAGUCAUAUUGACGAGAAAUUAAGAACAACCAAAGAAAAUGAACAAAAUGAAAAAAGUAAGCCAGCAUCUAAUAUUCAACCAAUGUUAGAUGUAAAUUUACAGAGUGGAAGAAUGGUUGACACCUUCAGGAAAUCUAGUGAGCAGAAAUGGGAUCACGAAAUGGAUAAGCACUUGAAGCAACCAAAAAAUAGUUUUACAGAAACGCAAUCAAUGGAACAUUCUGCUGUAUCAAUGCAAAGCAAUCACAUUAAAGAUAAUUUUGUGAAGAACCAGCUUAACCAAGAAAAGAAAUUCGCCCACACUAAAGCAUCUAUGAAAUCAGCCGACAACGAAAACACAAAGAAAAUGAUAAAUGACCAUCAUGACGUAUCUUCACACUUACACGUUCCCAGCGAAAAAUCAGUUGAUGACUUGGGACAAGAUAAAACUGAAUUAAGCAAUAUGCGUUGGGCACCAAUGACAAAUGAACACCUGGAAAAGUCAACUCAGAUGAAGGCGGCUGCAGACUUCCACAAUAACGAGAAACAACUAGGAGCGAUGCAUCAUCACACUGAACCUACUGUUCAACCAUCAAAUCAAAUAGAGACUAAGAGCCAUCCAGUCCAUGGUCACUCUUUGAAAAUUCACGAGAACGAACACUCUAUGAACCAUGCUAUGAACCAUGCUAAAACGAUUGAUGAAUUCAACGGCAUCAUGUCACCAAACCUAAAAACCAGUAUCAUUACGGACCACGCUAAAUCAGCUGAUUUAGACGGUUUGAUGUUACCGAAUAUGCCGAAUUGGAUAGAUUUUACUGGAAAAUCAGCUAUGGAUUUGAUGCAGUGGUCACACAAGAUGGAUGGUGGUCGAUCAGCAUAUGGAGGUUAUGGAGGUGGUCUGUCUGGAGGUUCGGGAAGUGGUGGAGCUGGCGCAGUUGGCGUAUUCCCUAACGCGCAUGUUGGAGGAUGCGCAGUGCCUCUACUCCUAAGCUGCUCUCCGUCAGUCGUCUCCGGCAGUUUGGCCAAAUCUGGAUAUGGGUCGAGCUACGGUUCUGCCCCGGCAUACAAAAGCGCGGAGGAACGAAACUUACACAACAAACGGGACACUAAAAAGAUUAAAGACGGUUUAAACAAGAAGAAUAUAAAACAGAAGACAUCUAAAGCUAAUAAACAGUAA